AUGGGAAGUCUGAAUGCACAGAUUAGCCUUGCCGACCCCGAAUUUAGAAAGAAGGUCUUCUGUGGCCUUGAUUUAAGAGUCGAAGUCCCUUAUAUUUCCUUAGAUAAAGAUGAGAGAGUCUUGAUUAGUGCAGGCGUUACCUUUAAUGUGGAUAAUAUCGUGGCGUUCCCAAGCAGCCUCGCUGUCCACCGGCCUGUACACCAAGUUCCCUAUUAUACGUUCGGCCGAAUUAUCAGCUUUAAGAAUAUAUCCUUAUAUUUCCUUUUUCCCAAAUUAUACCAAGCUAAACAGAAGAGCAGUAAGCUCUGCGAUAAAGAUUUCCAACUAUGGAUAGACGGUAUUCUGCUCCCAGCGAUUUACCAAAGUUACAGCAGCGCAUAUGUCCAGCAUUAUCUAUUAAGCUAUAACUACAACCGGUAUAACUCUACCGCCCGUGGCGUAGAAACACUUACACAGUAUGUGCAUCCGGCUGCGCGGGAAUAA